GUGCAAUCCGAUAUAUGGUGAAAUGAUAACUUGAUGAAUGUCGAAGUUGUUUGAUGAUUCUAACAUAUAACUUCAGUCAUUCAAGUGAACAAAAAAAGAGAGCGCUGCUUUGGAGAGACACAUUUUAUUUCCCAAAUAUAAGCUUAUAAAAACAUGAAUUUCAACAGUCAGUCUUGUUACAGUCCACUACCAGGCCAGUACUGUGAUUAGCCACCAUGGAUUCAGUGUGAUGAACUACUGACUUCGACCAGCAGAGGGUACUCUAGAAGAACAAUUGCUGCUGCCUCUUCUUCCCAGCCCAUACACCAUGCCUCCCAAAACAUCAGUGAAAAUCACUCACCCUAGAGCUCACACCACCAUAACCUCUACCACUGCUUUUAACGGCACCACCACUGUUCCUCCAGAUUUCCUGACCCAGCUGCUCAACAAGAUCCCCUUGCCACGAUGGGCUGUGUAUACCGUCUUCGCUCUCAUCCUUCUUAUAUUCGUGGUCUGUGUCCUUUGCAUCUGCAUGAAAUGCUGCUGCAAAGACAAGAGGAAGAGGAAAAAGAAAAAACUAGACCAGCAGAUCAGCCUGAAUGGGGUGAACAGCUCCUCCACUGCUGUGUUGGUGCAGCCUGAGAUGGAUGAUGUGGAUUCUGACUCCAUCAAUAAGCCCAGAGGACGGUUGCUGUAUUCACUGGAGUAUAACACACAGAGCUCAGAGCUUACAGUAGGAAUAAAGGAAGCUGCAGCGCUGAAAGCUAUGGACCUGGGAGGAACAUCUGACCCCUAUGUCAAAGUAUACAGCCUUCCCAACACAUCCAAGACCUAUGAGACCAAAGUGUUCAGGAAAACACUCAACCCAGUGUUCAAUGAGCAUUUCAAAUUCCAGAUUGCCCAAGCUGAGCUCGGUGAGUCCACGCUGGUGAUGCAGGUCUUCGACUUCAACAGAUUCUCCAAACAUGACAUCAUUGGUGAGCUGAGGCUACCGCUUGGUGUGGUCGACUGGAAUCACGUAAUCGAAGAGUGGAAAGAUUUGAGCGAGGCAUCCAAGUCUGAGGACAACCUCGGAGAGAUCUGCUUCUCCCUCCGUUAUGUCCCCACGGCCAGCAAGCUGACCAUCGUGAUCCUGGAGGCCAAGAAUCUAAAGAAGAUGGACCAAAGUGGCUUCUCAGAUCCCUAUGUGAAAGUGCAACUGAUUUUGGACAAGAACAAAUGGAAAAAAAAGAAGACAUCGGUGAAGAAGAAGACGCUGAAUCCUUACUUCAAUGAAGCAUUCACCUUUGAAGUGACUUUUGAUCAGAUACAGAGGGUCCAGGUGGUAAUCUCUGUGUGGGACCAUGAUAAACUGAGCAGGAAUGAUGCCAUAGGGAAGGUGUUCCUAGGCUGCAACGCCUCUGGGAACCAGCUACGACACUGGGCGGACAUGCUGUCCAACCCCCGCCGGCCUGUGGCCCAGUGGCACAUGCUGCUGUCAGCCGAGCAGGUGGAUACGACCCUGGCCCUCAAGCACACUGUCCGCCUCCCCUUCACCAACAAGACCUUCUGAAGGCCUGCUGGACUGUAGCCAGGACAUCAGCUGCAGGCAUUCCAUCCCUUUUGGCCAUGAUUUUAAUGAGAAGGGUCUGUUUUUUUAUUACUGCAAAAAGACAGUUGGGCACAUGUAAAAUAAUAUAGUCCAGGGCAGAUGAAUCUGUGACCCACCUCAUUAGGCUAUGUUGUGGCUCCUCUACUUUGUUAAAG